AUGGUACAUCUUGUUUGUGAUCGCUCGUUGUGGAAAUACGUUGAUCUACGCUUGUGGCCACUCUCGCUACGGACUUUGAAGAAAAUUGUAAGGAAUCGCUUGUCAGAUUCGUUUCUGGAACUGCUUAUCAAAGGCUUCAUUGGGACCACCAAAAAGGGCGAAAACAUUUCACCAUCUUUACUUGAGGAGAUCAAGACGAAAUGCCCAAGUUUAGAAACUCUGGGCUUGUGUUACUGUGACAUGGGAAAUGUUCCCGCUCAAUGUUUGCCACGAAAUUUAAAACCUUUACUUCUAGAUCAUUCGAUAGUUCCACUUGGUUGGUUUGAGGGAUUGCAAUGUGAGACGUUCUUCCCAAAUCUAUUGCAGUUGAACCUAACAUAUUGCACCCGCGUUGAGAAUUCAGAUCUUCGUAGCGUAACAAAGCUGAAAAAACUUGAAAAUCUAAAUUUCAGUUACUGUUAUCGAGUUGGUGACGAAGGCAUUGAACAUAUCGCCCGAAAUCUUAGUAAUCUGAAAGUGCUUAAUCUUUCAAAUUGUCCGAAAAUAACGGAUUUAGGAUUGCAUCAUAUUGGACCACAUCUCAUUGGUCUAAAAAGGUUUAACCUGUUAUCAAGUUGGAGAAUAACUGAUGCUGGUAUUCUUUCACUGGUUCACAGUCUCACUGAACUGGAAUAUUUGAAUCUGUCAUCAUGCAAGGAGGCGACUAAUUCAGGGCUUACUGAGAUCACUGACAAGUGUAAAAAGCUGAAGUUGUAG